UCGUCUUCUUAAACUCUCUUCUCUGUAUUUCUUUUUUCUUUUUUCUAUCCUUCUGCGAAAACACAAUGGCAAUGGCGGCUGAUCUGUUAAGACUCUCUUUAUCUACUCAGCCAAAGCUCUCCUUCAGUUAUGGCGGGAAAGCUAAGAUUGACCGCUUUGACUUGCUCCAACGGCGCCGUCGCAGUCGUUUCUAUUCCCGGCCUCGCUCAACUCCUGGUUUCAUCUUGUUCAACUCACUGGAAACUAGAUCACAGUCGCAAGAAUCGUCUCUCCAAACGCCGAAACAAAAGCCUAAAGACUCUUCGGUUCUCCUCGAUGUCAAUGGGAUGAUGUGCGGCGGAUGCGUAUCCCGAGUUAAAUCCGUUAUCUCCUCCGACGAGCGAGUGGAAUCAGUCGUGGUCAACUUAUUGACAGAAACAGCGGCGAUCAAGUUGAACCAAGAGGUGAUAGAGAGCGAGACCGUGGACAGUGUUGCGGAGAGUAUAGCUCAACGCGUGAGCGAGUGCGGGUUCAUGGCGAAGAGGAGGGUUUCGGGGCUUGGAAUCGGAGAGAAUGUGAGGAAAUGGAAGGAAAUGUUGAAGAAGAAAGAGGAAUUGCUGGUGAAGAGUAGGAAUCGAGUGGCUUUUGCCUGGACUUUGGUGGCGCUUUGUUGUGGAUCUCACGCUUCACAUAUUUUGCACUCGCUUGGGAUUCAUAUCGCCCAUGGACCAUUUUUGGAGGUCCUUCAUAAUUCUUAUUUUAAAGGUGGAUUGGCUUUAGCGGCUUUGCUGGGGCCAGGAAGAGACCUGCUAGUUGAUGGACUAAUGGCGUUCAAGAAAGGAUCACCCAAUAUGAAUUCUCUCGUGGGAUUUGGAUCAAUUGCAGCAUUUAUCAUUAGUGCAGUGUCGCUUCUUAACCCUGGGCUUGCAUGGGACGCAUCCUUCUUUGAUGAACCGGUUAUGCUUCUUGGUUUUGUGCUCCUGGGACGUUCUCUGGAGGAAAAAGCAAGGAUUCAAGCAUCUAGUGACAUGAAUGAACUUUUAUCAUUGAUUUCCACUCGGUCAAGACUAGUGAUUACUUCAAGUGAUGAUUCAUCUGCUGAUUCUGUACUUUGCUCUGAUGCUAUUUGCAUUGAGGUUCCAUCAGAUGAUAUUCGAGUUGGAGACUCUGUGUUAGUUUUGCCUGGAGAAACUAUUCCUACGGAUGGGAAAGUCCUUGCAGGAAGAAGUGUGGUUGAUGAAUCCAUGCUCACUGGGGAAUCACUUCCAGUAUUCAAGGAGAAAGGUCUCAUGGUCUCUGCUGGAACAAUAAACUGGGAUGGUCCUUUAAGGAUUGAAGCAACUUCCACAGGCUCCAACUCAACUAUUUCUAAGAUUGUACGAAUGGUUGAGGAUGCUCAAGGACAAGAAGCACCAGUGCAGAGGCUUGCAGAUGCGAUAGCUGGGCCAUUUGUAUACAGCAUAAUGACUCUGUCGGCAGCAACCUUUGCUUUUUGGUAUUAUGCUGGGUCACACAUAUUUCCAGAUGUUUUGCUCAAUGACAUUGCUGGGCCUGAUGGAGAUCCUUUACUUUUGAGUUUGAAACUUGCUGUGGAUGUAUUAGUAGUUUCCUGUCCAUGUGCGCUGGGUCUCGCCACACCAACAGCAAUCCUUGUUGGCACCUCUCUUGGAGCAAGACAAGGACUGCUUAUAAGAGGAGGGGAUGUUCUGGAACGCUUGGCCAGUGUAGACCAUGUUGCUUUUGAUAAAACAGGGACUCUCACUGAAGGAAAACCCACUGUCUCCUCAGUGGCUUCCUUUGCUUAUGAUGAAUCAGAAAUUCUUCAAAUUGCUGCAGCAGUAGAGAGAACAGCAACACAUCCAAUUGCUAAGGCUAUUGUAAAGAAGGCAGAAUCGUUGAAUUUGGCAUUCCCAGAAACAAGAGGGCAGCUAGUUGAACCAGGUUUUGGAACCUUAGCUGAAGUAAAUGGGCAUUUGGUUGCUGUUGGUAAUUUAAAAUGGGUUAACGAACGAUUCCAGAUAAAAGCAAAGCCCUCUGAUUUGAUGAAUUUGGAACAUGCGACAAUGCAUCACUCAUCAUCACCAUCAAACAAUUCAAAAACAGCUGUCUAUGUUGGACGUGAGGGAGAAGGUGUUAUUGGUGCCAUAGGAAUAUCUGACAGUUUGCGGUAUGAUGCUGAGUCUACUGUGAGAAGACUUCAGAAGAAGGGUAUCAAAACAAUCCUCAUUUCAGGAGACAGGGAAGAGGCAGUUGCAACUAUUGCGCAGACAGUUGGAAUAGGAAGUGAAUUUGUUAAUGCAUCCCUGACUCCGCAGCAGAAAUCAAGGGUUAUAUCUACUCUUCAGACUGCAGGACAUCGCAUUGCAAUGGUAGGGGAUGGCAUUAACGAUGCACCAUCUUUGGCUCUUGCUGAUGUUGGGAUAUCUAUACAGACUGAAGCACAAGAUACUGCAGCCUCUGAUGCGGCAUCUAUUAUACUUCUUGGAAACAGACUCUCACAGGUAGUAGAUGCACUGGAUCUUGCACAGGCAACAAUGGCAAAAGUGUACCAAAAUUUAUCAUGGGCAGUAGCAUAUAAUGCUGUUGCCAUCCCCAUUGCUGCUGGUGUAUUACUUCCCCAAUAUGAUUUUGCCAUGACGCCAUCACUUUCUGGUGGGCUAAUGGCCUUGAGCUCAAUAUUUGUUGUAACCAAUUCCUUGCUUUUACGUCUCCAUGGGCUUGAGAAGAGCAGGAAAAAAAAUGUUGCGAAAAAAUCACAAAUGCCUGCUGGUCCGAGUUAACGAAAGUAGUCCAGUCCAAUCCAUUGAAUAAAUAUCCCGAGAUGGUAUUUCUUUUACUCAAAAAUGAGCAAGAAUGAAAAUUGCGAGCACAUCAAUUUCUCUCUCUCGGUUCAUUUGGUUUAGCUCUUGUGGUUUAUUAUGUUAUAAUAAAGCAUGUUGAAAUCGUUUUGUGGACAACCAAAGCCAUUAUCAAACUGCAAGGCUACUUGGUUGGCACAACGUGUAAUCCGUCUAGUACCAUCAAAAUCUAAUAAUUCGGGCACUUGUAUUGUAACGAUAAAUGUAAUUUCUUCGUCCGAUUAAGUGAAAGAACAGAGAUGCAUUUCUCAUUUGCUUUGCGUU